AUGGGUGCUUCCACCAUGAAAUGUGUAAAAAACAUGGAGGAGGAGAAAGAGGAAGAGGAGGAGGAGGAAAAACUCACUUAUCAAAACUGUAGGCUGUUACUUCUGGAGCGACUGUUCCAUAAGACUGUCAUGAAAGUAGUUGAGGAGGAAGAGGGCAAAUAUGGAGACUUCAUCACUUACGUGAUGUGCUCAGUUUUACCCUCCCAUCAGCAGCUGGCCAGUUUCAGAGACAGAAGUGGCCACAUGCACUUUCUGUUGGUCCCCUUCUUCCUCUUGCUCUGGGCUCCAGGACUGAGGCAGGCCUCCCUCACUGAUUCAGGAGCUGUGGCACAGGGGUACAUUUCUGCAGAGGAAGGCAGCUCUGUCACCUUACAAUGUCACCUUUCUUCUACCACUGCCAAUGUAGUUCAGGUCAACUGGGAGAAUCAGGAGCAACUUCUGGCCAUUUAUCAUGCUGACUGGGGGUGGCAUGUUAACCCCCCCUUCAUGGGCAGAGUGACUCCGGGCACCAAUCUGGAACUUGUUCUACAAUCGCUGACCACGAAUGACACGGGGGAAUACUUCUGCACUUAUUAUAUCUACCCUGAAGGGAUUUACAAAGAGAGACUCUUUCUGCAAGUCCUGCAGAACUCAGCGGCUGAGUGGAGCCCCGGCUUGCAGGUCCUGUUUCUGGUUGCCCUGGCUGCGGUUCUGGGGGUCAUCGGCACAGUGGUCAUCGUCGUGGUCACUUUGGCCAGAAAGAAGAACUCCCUCAGAACCCAUGCCAUGGAAAGAGACCCCAGGAGGAUGGCAUCAGAACAGGAGAAUGGAAAUCCCCCCAGUCUGUCCUCCCCUGGAAGUUGUGGCCAGGCAGAAGCUGCACCUGUCAGCCUGUGCAGAGAGCAGAGGGAGGAUGACUAUGAUGAACCACACGACUACUUCAAUGUCCUGAGUUAUAGGAGCCUAGGGAGCUUCAGCUUUCUGGCGAAGACUGGUUAG